CAGGAAGAAGCAAAAUACUGCUUAAUAGGCUUUAUUGAGGUGUUUAUUUUUCCUUCUUCGGUAGAAGUGUAGAACGUUUAUUUUUCAUUGCUGUAAAAAAAUUCAGUACUUAUAUUUCAUCCUUUUUUAAUCACGAAACGUUAUUUUCAAUUGUCGUGCAUCGUUACCGUAGGGAAAUAAAUUCAAUACAGCUGGAAUGUCAAAGCAAAGCAAAUUACCUUUCAUGACAAACAUAAAUUAAACGAACACUGAUGACAAGCACAAUACUCUUUUCGAAUCUCUGAAAAAACAAAAAAAGGACAUAAAAUACGUACAAAAAAGUUCAGCUGUAUUGGCUUUGAAUCAAAAGAUGGUAAUCAUUUCGUUCGCUUUCAGUCAGUUUAUAAACUCCUAGUGAACAUUGUCGUUUGGGCCGCAAUGGCGGAACAGGAAAUGGAAAAUAGAAUUUCUUCAGAAACUGCUAAAACUCCAGAAGAAACGGGAUUUUCCAUUAAACUGAUGCAUAGUUUGUGUUUUGGAAGAUGUAAAUCAUGCUUUAGUUCAUCAGAGAAUUGCAAACUGAAUGAUUCUUCGCAAAAGAAAUAUGACUCCAGCAGAGAAAGCGUGUGCGUGAAACGAGAAAUUGGACUCGGUUCCUCAAUAGCAAUAACAUUGGGAAUUAUUAUAGGUGCUGGAAUAUUCGUGUCACCAAAGGGAGUGUUAAAUUAUACUGGAUCCGUCGGUAUGGCCCUAACAAUCUGGACUGCGACUGGACUGAUAUCGAUGAUUGGGGCUAUGUGUUAUGCCGAAUUGGGAACUUCGAUUCCAUUUUCUGGGUCUAACUAUUCAUAUUUAAUGAAAUCUUUUGGAGAAUUACCUGCAUUUUUGUACAUGUGGUCUCAAAUGGUGAUAUUUACGCCUGUUUAUACUGUCAUACUUUCAUUAACAUUUGCUAAUUAUAUACUAGAAUCUUUUUUCCCACAAUGUGUCUUUCCAUCAGGGGCAGUACGAUUGCUAGCUGCUUUGCCUAUAUGUUUCUUAACGUAUGUUAAUUGCCGAAAGGUACAAUGGGCGACUCGUGUGCAAGGCGUCCUUACUUCAACAAAAAUCUUAGCUCUUAUCAUCAUUAUUAUUGCUGGUGCUUAUCAUUUGUAUUUAGGAAACACGAGAAAUUUCGAAAACGCAUUUGAAGGAACAACUACUAAACCAGGCUUUUAUGCUUUGGCCUUUUAUCAUGGAAUUUAUGCAUUUGGAGGAUGGGAUUGCAUCACUUUUAUCACUGAGGAACUCAAAGAUCCGACCAAGAAUUUACCAAGAACUAUCUUUGGGUCUUUAGCACUUGUUACUGUUAUUUACAUCAUGGCCAAUGUGGCUUAUUUUGCUGUUCUAACUCCAUACGAAAUGCUCGCUUCAAAUGCUGUAGCAGUGACAUUCGGAGAGCGAAUGCUCGGUCCGCUGUCGUGGACUAUGUCUUUCUUUGUUGCAAUGUCAACCUUUGGGGCACUCAAUAGCAAGAUUUUAAAAUCCAGCAGGGUCUUUUUUGUAGCAGCCAGAGAAGGCCAUUUGCCAGAUUUCCUCGCUAUGAUAAACCUCAACUACCUCACUCCAGUUCCAAGCAUCGUAUUUGUGUGUAUGUUAAGUUUAGCGUACCUUUCUACAACCGAAUUGAACUUCUUAAUCCAAUAUGCAGGUUUCGUGGAAUCUGUGUUUUUUAUGCUGACCAUAGCAGGAAUGAUAUGGUUAAAGCAUAAGGAACCAGAACUUGAAAGACCAGUCAAGGUUAGCAUAUUGUUUCCUCUGACAUACUUUGUAAUAUCCGGCUUCUUGGUGGUUUUUCCGAUUUAUGUGAAUCCGAGGGGACCCUUAAUAGGAGCAAGCAUUGCAGCACUUGGAGUACCAGUUUAUGCAAUUACUGUAUUUUGGAAAGACAAGCCGAAGUUCUAUAGCAAAGCAAUAGGUGCUUUAACUUCAUUCAUGCAAAAGAUGUUUAUGAGUAUUGCAGAAGAAAAACAAGAUUAGAUAACAAUCAUGCCACAUUUUCAAGGCCUUAUUUAUGAUGGCUUUUCAGCUUUAAUAUUGCCGGAAACGAAAACUAGCCUCAAUUGAAAACAUUGCCAAAUAAGUUUCCUAUCGAGACAAGACUGUAUAUGGCCAUUUCAAAUGAAACAAAACGGCUAAACUAUGGCAAGACUGGACGUGACAUUUUCAAGGAACUCGUUUUAUAACGAUGUAAUUAAUGCCAUCAAAAAACAAGUCACAGCUGAAGACAGCUAAAACCGCUGUUCUGAUGAGUUAGAGGAUGCAACACUCAAAUCUAUGAUGGUAUAAACUGUGGGUGUCAAAACUACCGAAAUGAUGUGCAUAAUAAAUAAUUAAGUAAAUAAAAAUUAUAGGAUAUUUGCUUUAAAAAAAAUUCCUUUCAAAUUAAUGAAGUCAAAGCAACGAAAAUUCCGAUGGUAUUCUGCACUUCUAGAAUAAAAUUGCGCCGGCGUUAUAGCGCGUCUUCCCUGUGAUCUAGGCAUUCCGGGUUCGAGUCCUGGUGCGGGCAUGGUUGUUCUCUUCCUUGUGUUCUCUCUGUGAGGUGCGUCAAUGAGCCCCCCCCCCCUAUAAAAAGGGGUUGUGCAAGCGAAUGUGUGUGUGCUAUCUUCAUUUGAGCUAGAAGUCAGACUUCUGCCCUCGGGUGCUCAGGGGUCUUUACC